AUGAGAGCAUACCUUGAGAAACCCAGAACCACGGUCGGAUGGAAAGGUUUAAUCAACGAUCCAGAUAUCGACGGAUCUUUCCAAAUCAACAAGGGGCUCAGAAUUGCUCGUAAGUUGUUCGUGGACUUCACUGAAAGAUUGCCCAUUGCAGGUGAAAUGUUGGACACGAUCUCACCCCAAUACUUGUCAGACUUGUUCAGUGUUGGAGCCAUUGGCGCAAGAACGACCGAGUCUCAAUUACACAGAGAAUUGGCCUCCGGUUUGUCCUUCCCCAUUGGAUUCAAAAACGGAACAGACGGAACGUUGGGUGUCGCUGUAGAUGCGUUGAGAGCGGCAUCGCACCCACACCACUUUUUAAGCGUGACCAAGCCGGGUAUUGUGGCCAUCGUGGGUACUGAAGGCAAUGAGGACUGUUUCGUUAUCUUGAGAGGAGGAAAGCAAGGCACCAAUUAUGACGCCAAGUCGGUGAAGGAGACGAAAGAAGCUUUGAUCAAGGCGAAAGUUGUGACUGAAGAGAAACCAGGCCCACGUAUCAUGGUGGACUGUUCGCACGGCAACUCAAACAAAAACCACAGAAACCAACCUUUGGUAGCGGCAGAAGUGGCUCGCCAGGUUGCUGCUGGUGAAGACGGAAUUUGUGGUUUGAUGAUCGAGUCGAAUAUUGAAGAGGGCAGACAAGACGUGCCACCACCAGAGAAAGGCGGCAAGGACGCUUUGAAGUACGGCUGCUCCAUCACAGAUGCAUGCAUCGGCUUUGAGGACACAGAAGCUGUUUUGCAGAAUUUGGCUGAUGCCGUAAAGGCCAGAAGAGCACUUAGAAAGUAG